ACACUGUCUCACUCUCAGUGUCUCAAAGAAACCACCCAAAUCCCAGAAACCUCAAAGCCUCAUGAUGAGUGGUUGCAAGAGAACGGCACUAAUGCCACGGCAAUCGUCGUACAAUUCCCUCUACGUCAACCGCCUCAACGACCCAAAACACAACCGCAGUUCCAGCGAAGGCGACGAUCAUUCCAAACCAAACCAGUUGGCUUUGGCUUCGAACGACGAAGACAAAGAGAACGCAACGCCCAACAACAACAGCAGCGACAAGGAGAACUUGCUGGCGAAGAAGCCACUGAAGCAGAAUCAACUGAACAAGUCUUUCUCCACCGGCUGCGGCGGCGGCGGUGGGGCCUUGAAGCCCUCGUCGCUUCAGUUCUGUAUGCAGAUGAGUGAGCCGGAGAAGGAGCUCUUUGGUGGGUCCAAGAUGUGGGACCAGCCCAGUGUGACGUCGGACAACUCUAGUUCUCUGAAGAUAUGGGACUACUCGGAUUCUGAGGCUGCUCCUGCUUCUUCUUGGUCCACUCUGCCCAAUAAGUCUUUGCUGUGUAGGCCGUUACCUAUGGAUGUAGGAAGGUGCACUUGUGUUAUAGUGAAGGAAAAAUCUCCAGCUGGGGGCUCUCUGUAUUCUCUCUAUACCAAUGAAGGCAAGGGAAGGCAGGACAGGAAACUAGCUGUUGCACACCAUAAGCGGCGUAAUGGAAAGUCUGAGUUAACUAUUGCUCAAAAUAUGAAGGGAAUAUUGUCACAUUCAGAUGAUAGUUUUAUUGGGAUGGUAACUGCUAAUCUCAUGGGUUCAAAGUACCACAUAUGGGAUCAGGGGAAGCAACCAAAUUGCUUGAGCAAACAGUCUAAAUCACUUCUUGCUGCUGUAUUAUUCACACCCACAAUUUCAACUUGGACAGGAAGUUACAGACGUAUAAGGGCAUAUGUACCCAAGCACCAAUCGAUGCAGUUGAAGAAUACUGCUCAGGUACAACACAUUAAGGGACUGCCAACAGACUGGGAGGGGAAAAUGGACAAAAUCCAUCAGCUAUACUCAAGGGUUCCACUUUACAAUAAAAUUUCAAAGCAAUACGAGUUGGACUUCAGAGAUAGGGGAAGAGCUGGACUUAGAAUCCAAAGUUCAGUUAAAAAUUUCCAGCUGACUCUGGAGGAGAACGGAAAGCAGACAAUCCUGCAGCUAGGAAGGGUUGGGAAGUCAAAAUAUGUGAUGGAUUACAGAUAUCCUUUGACAGGCUACCAAGCAUUUUGCAUUUGUCUGGCUUCUAUUGAUUCAAAGCUCUGUUGCUCAGUAUAACUAGCUUGAAAUCAUCUUCAUGCCACUGAGUUUUGUCGUUCAACCUCUGAACGUGCACAACAAGGCUUGUGCGUCGUGUGACCUUAAAGCCAUCUAGGCUUCUAGCUAGUUCUUGAUCAUCUCACUUAAAGCCAUUGAGUAUUGUAAGAUGGUUGAUUGGAAAAGUACAUGUGUUGGCUGGUUUCAUUAAUCUUUGGAAUAUGAUGGUUGGUAUGUUCUCUGAGUAUAUAAUUGUUA